CCUUCCUUCCCUCUUUAUAAGCCCCCACGCGCACAGCCCGUGUUUUCGUCACGGGUGUCGCACACUUGAGGCGUGUGUCCUGAGGAAAAAGGCGGCAGCUGCGAGACCGCGCGCGAGGCAGCGCUUAAGCAGGCGCGCAGGCCGUCUCGCGUCCUCCAGCAAUACAGUAGCAGCGCCACCGGCCGGGGGGGGGAGACAGACGCGCGCGCACACACACACAUUGACACACUGACUCAUUGCUGUCCGCGCGACCUGUCCGAAGCGGCGGGAAAGAGUGCAGGGCGCGAGGACGGGACGGGAGCGCAGCAUCGCCUCAGGACCGCAGCCAACCGCCUUUCAACUUGUGUCACUUUUUCUGCACUGUUUUACGUUGCAACUUUUUUGGGAAGCUGAGACCCGCAACCCUCUCUUUUUUUUCUGUGACACAACCCGAUCCGUCCAAUGAAUGGAGUUGCUUUCUGCCUUGUUGGAAUUCCACCGUAUCCACAGGCUGAAGCUAAAGGGCGAAGAGAUGGGAUUUCAUCGGCCAAUGAGAACUCGCGGCCGGUGUCAGGCGAGGGAGUGGUCUGGAAGGGUCCACGCACGGUGGUCCUGCGCAAGAACUCGCAAGGAUUUGGCUUCACUCUGCGUCACUUCAUCGUGUACCCACCAGAGUCAGCCCUGCACGCCAGCCUCAAGGAUGAGGAGAACGGGAAUGGAAAGGGAUACCAGCGAGGUCGGCUGGAGCCAAUGGACACCAUAUUUGUGAAGAAUGUGCGAGAGGAGGGACCUGCCUACCGAGCUGGGCUAUGCACAGGGGACAGGCUGGUGAAGGUGAAUGGCGAGAGCGUGCUGGGAAAAACAUACUCUCAGGUGAUCGGCCUGAUCCAGAACAGUGGGAGUGUCCUGGAGCUCUCCAUCAUGCCCAAAGAUGAGGACGUUCUGCAGCUGGUAAGUGCGUACUCCCAGGAUGCUUACCUGAAGGGCAAUGAGCCGUACAAGGGGGGAGCUCAAGACCUACCGGACCCGCCACCCAUCUGCUACCCACACAGUAAGCCCCAGUCCCUGCCUACUGCAACCACACCACCCCUUGCACCCAUGGGCCAGAAUCAUCUAGACAACUGGAGCUGCUGGUCAAGACAACCCAAACUGUCCAACGUAUUGGACAACCGUUCCGGGGUGGCUGGCCCCGCAUCCAGGCAGCGUGAGCAAGAGGCAGACGUUGACACAGGCACAAGUCGAGGCAGCUUCGCCCACCAGGCGGAGGACACAGCUUAUGGCGUAAAGCGGCCGUGCGCUGUGGGUCAGGUGCGGGGACGCUCCUUCUCUUCAGCAGCAGCCCUCGCCAGCCCCCUGCAGUUCCACUUUGCCAACCACCAAGCCGCCAUCAACUCGGCCUCGCAAUCUCAGGCCGGACUCAGCAAGACGGAGCGCUGCCAGCAGGCGCUCUCAGACUGGUACUACAGCCAGACUUCGGCCAUGUCCCCGCGCCACCGCAGUUUCUCCCAGGACCGUCUGGCCGAGGUCACGUCGGCGCUGGGCCACCACCGGGCCGGCUGGUCCCACAGUGCCUCUCAGGACACCCUUCUCUUGCAUUCCAGCCACCACCAGCACAUAGAGCCCUGCCCACCAGGGGACUGGGGCGCGUCCUCUGGACGCGCCCGCAACAGCCGCUCAGUGGAGAUGCUAGACUGGGCUUUGCUUUCGCCUCCAUCUGAGAAGCCAGCCUGGAUUCGUGAGGCCCAGCAUGUGCUGCCUUGUACUGAGGUGCAGCUGGGACUGGGCAACCGCUGUGGUGCGGGACCAGCGUCCACUGCAAGUCAGCCGGUGUCAUUGCACCAGCAGCACCCGGCGUCACGCACCCAGCUGGCUGGCCAGCCCAGGCGACUUCCCCCGCAUACCUCGGGUGACCAACCUGUCGGCUACCGCAGCUACAGCCCGUCUUUUUACCGCAAAGCUGACCGUCUGAUGCAGGCACAUUCCUUCAGGGACCCUGCUUACUCUGGACCCCAUCUUUCCUGGAUGCCCACCCCCAAAACUAGCCCACCAGAAAACAUCCCCACUUCUCUGCCCGGAACCAGCAUCUCCACUGCUCCAAACUCUGCUUCUAAGCCUCAAGAGAGUGUCUGCCGGCAGACCAACCACGAGAGGGCGGGAGUGGAGCGGACAGAAGCAGUGUCCCAGUUUCAGGAGGUUGUGCUGCGACAGAAGCCACAUGUGGGCCGGCGCACAACUCAUGUGCUACAGAACCCGAGCUAUGCCCUGCCUGUUGACGCCACCGAGUCCCAUGGUGUCCCCGGUGAGCCUCAAGAGGGUGCGCCCGUUGCACCACGGUCAUCAGAGGGCCCCCGUCGUGUCAACGGCAGUCUGCCGGCCCUGUCAGUGGAGGAAGACUCGCUGGCCUCCAUCCCCUACAUAGAUGAACCGACGAGCCCCGGCGUGGACCUGCGAGCCCGCCAUGUGCCCGCCGCCUCAGUUGUGUCCAGCGCCGUGAGCUCCGUGCCGCCUGCCAUCACUGGCAGCCCUGCCUCCCCCACCUUCACCUCCCCCCUCACCAGGCUCUUCUCGCACGACUGCAGCAACAACAAGGGCAGCCGGCGGUCCUCCUACAUGCUGGCCAUUACCACGGAGCGCUCCAAGUCCUGCGAUGAAGGCCUCAAUAAUUUCCGGGAUGAGGGUCGUGUCUUCUCACGACUACCAAAAAGAGUGAAAAGCUUUUUCACAGAUGGGUCCCUGGAGAGCCUACGGACUGCAGAGGAGACACGCUCCAAGCGCCACUCCACCUCUGAGCUGGGCACCAUCACCUUCAGCGACGUGCGCAAGGAAGGCUGGCUGCACUACAAGCAGAUCCUCACAGAGAAGGGCAAGAAGUUGGCCAGCGGCAUGUGGCCCUGGAAGCGGGUCUUCUCUGUGCUGCGCUCUCACUCGCUUUUCCUAUACAAGGAUAAGCGUGAGGCGGUGCUGCGUGGUGCGGCACUAGGGACUGGGGCCGGAGCGGGCCACAGCGACGACGAACAGUCCAUCAGCAUCCGUGGCUGCCUGGUAGACAUUGCCUACAGCGAGACAAGGCGCAAACAUGCGCUUCGCCUCACCACGCAAGACUUCUGUGAGUACCUGCUGCAGGCGGAGGACCGUGAAGACAUGCUAGGCUGGAUCAAAGUCAUCCGCGAGAGCAGCAAGACUGACAGCGAGGAGUUUGGCUUCACUAGGCAAGCACUCAUCAAUAAGAAGCUGAAUGACUACAAGAAGCAGAGCCUCACCGCCAGUAAGCCGGACUUGUCCCCUAAACUGCCCCGCAUAAAACCCCCCUUCCUCACAGUCAAGACAGACACCACUGCCGGAGGAUCAUCCCGUUCACCCAAAGCUGAUGGCAGAGACGAAAGCAGCCUGCCAAAGUCCCCGUGGGGAAUUACCAUCAUUAAGGGUAAGGGCAAGAAGUCAGGACCCAAGACCUUUGGGGUGCGGCUGGAGGAGUGCCAGCCUUCCACUAACAACAAGUUCAUCCCCUUGAUAGUGGAGACGUGUUGCAACCUGGUGGAGGCCAUGGGGUUGGAGUACAUAGGCAUCUAUCGGGUGCCAGGGAACAACGCCAUGGUAUCCAGCCUACAGGAGCAGCUCAACAAGGGCGCUGACAUCAACCUCACCGAGGAGAAAUGGCAGGACUUAAAUGUGAUUAGCAGUCUUCUGAAAUCCUUCUUCCGGAAGCUUCCAGAGCCUCUUUUUACUGAUGACAAGUACAAUGACUUCAUUAAUGCCAACCGAAUGGAGAAAGCAUGUGACAGGUUGAAGACCAUGAAGAAGCUGGUUCACGACCUGCCGGAUCAUUAUUACCACACCCUGAAGUUCCUGACUGGACACUUGAAGACAGUGGCAGAUCAUGCAGAGAAGAAUAAGAUGGAGCCUCGGAACUUGGCCCUGGUGUUCGGACCCACCCUCGUGCGCACCUCAGAGGACAACAUGACUGAGAUGGUGACCCAUAUGCCUGACCGAUACAAGAUUGUGGAGACCCUCAUCCAGCAUCAUGCCUGGUUCUUCAGUGAAGAGUUUGACGCGGAUGACACGACCCCAGUGGACAAAGGGGACGUCCAGCCCGUGCCCAAUAUUGACCACCUGCUCUCCAACAUUGGCAGGACCAUGCAGGAGGCCUCAGACUCAACCAACAGCGACUCGGCUAAAUCCAAGGGCUCUUUUGGAUCUAAGUGGGAUCUUAGUGCCAAGGACUUCACGCUUUCGCUAUUGUCCGCCGUCACACACAGACGCCGGAAGCGCCCCAUCACUCGUCUCGUGGGCAGCAGUACGGAUGAGGACUCGGAGCAGGAGCCAAUCAAAAACAGUAGCCGUGGGGGGCACUGCCCAGAGAGGAACAAAGAGGAGGAAGGGGAGGACAAGGGGGUGCUGGCAAACGAAGGAGCCCUGGCACCAAGAGCUGAAGGAGAGGAUGACGAUGGGGAGGAAGAGGAGGAGAUCGAGGACAGAAGAGAGAGCACGGUGGCGAGAGCGGAGUCUUCAGGGAGGCCGUCGGAGGAAGAGGAAGAGGAAGGGGGGGCCGUGGCCAGGCUCAGUGACAAAGGUGGGCUGGGACCAGCUGGGAGAGAGGAUGCCCGCUCCAUCGUGUCGGGGUACUCCACGCUGUCCACACUGGGCCGAAGCCUCACCUCGGUGGGGCGUGGGGACGAGGCCGACGACGAGCGCAGCGAACUUGUGAGCGAGACCGACAACGAGAGCGGCUUCGCCUCACGCACCCUUACCCAGGAGAGGCCUGAGAAGCUGGACGUACUGCCCAGCUGCUCCUCCCCCUCACAGCGCACGUCCCCACCGCCGCCACCGCCCAGGCUGCCUCUGGACACUGCUACCUGUAUCGGGGCGGGGAGGCGCUCUACCACCCCCUCCUCAUCCUCGUCGUCCUCUUCACACAGGCCGCACGGCCGGCCCUCGUUCAGCUCCCACAAGCUCAUCCAGUGCGACACACUGGCCCGCAGGAAGCACAAGGGGGGCAAGGCCAAGGUGCGCUCACUUGACGUGGACCAGGAGCUGGAGAGGAGAGCCGAGGUGGCAGAGCCUGCGGGCGCCACCAGACGGAGAGCCUUCACAGCGCCGAGUCCGCAGGCCCUGUCCUCAGCCCUGUCCCUCUUUCCCUCCUUGGAUGGCGAGGCAGAAGUGUUCUCUCCCGGUGCCCCCAGUGGGCGCCAGUCGCUGGCCGGCCAGGUGCGGGCACGCUUCCUGGGCUCUGCGGGUGACCUGCGACCCGUGGGCCUUCGGAAGCCUAUGUCCCCUGAGACGCGCCGCAAAAAGAGCGCCUGGCGCCGCCACACCGUGGUUGUCCACCUGGAGACCAGCACGGAUGGCUCCGUCGAUGCCACUCCCAGCCCGAGACCCCAACAAACGGAUGUGCCAAGGGCCAAAUACGGCAGCACGGGGCCCUCAGGCUCCCUGCUCUCCGAGCUGACGGCAGCACAGCCAGCCCCCCUGUCCAGGUUCCAUCAGUACCUGUAGUGGAGCAGUUAAGCUCACGUUUUGAGAGCCCCGCCCACUAGCUGCCUGGGUUCGUGUGACGUGGGUACAAUGCCAAAAGGACCGUGGUCUUGUACCGCGUCUUGGGAUGUUAGCGACAGUGGACAAACGCAGCGCAAGUAUCAUGUCACUAACAGCAGCCAAGAAAAGUCUCCGAAAUUUCAUAUGGCCCAAAAAUUUCAGAGAGCGCAGGGGGGCCUUUGGCGUGUUUCCCAGAAUCCUCCUCUGACUUCUCUCACUUUCUGCCACACACAGCGAGCUCAUACAGCCUCUGAAAAGAACUGAUGCCAAACGGUUCGCCUGAGCUGCCAGAAGGGAGCGUCCUGCUCACAGUGAAGGAGGGGGUGGCCGGGAGGGAUGGACACAGAGACGUGCCACGGGACACGCCGGAGCAGCCCUGAGCACACAACACAACCAGUGUUCGUACACACAGUGUUAGAGGGGGCGGCACAGGGAGGUGAUGCUUUCCCACAGUCCCUUUCUUUUCGUCUCUUCCUGCCCUCGGAGACUUUGUGUUGGGCCAGAAAUGGUGUAGCACUUUAUUUCCCUCGGUGCCCUCCUUCCCUGGACGAACCAGCAUGUUGUUUUAACUUCAGUAAAGUGGUGAACCCCUGAGCCGCGCCUCUCCGCCACCACGGUCCACCUCUGUGACCGCAGUGUGUCCCUUGUACCCUGUCUAUUUGUGUCAUUGUGCUGUGUCAUCUUGUAACAUUUGUAUAAAGUAUUGUCGUUAAAUUAACCUGUGUAUAUAGUACAUUGUUUUAUCGUAUCAUACUUUAAAUCUAUAUAUAUUUAUAUACAUAUAUAAUAUAUACAAUGGUAUGUUUUAGUUUUUUUUAUUAUUGUAUAUGGUGGAGCACCCCUAUGUACAGCCAUCUCCAUUAUGCUUGAAAUUUUCCCUUUAUAUAUUUGUAUUAGUUCAUCAGUUUUGUUAUGGUUUCAACUCUUGAACAUAACUAUGGAAAUCUCUAAACAAAAGCGAAACAAAACCAGCAAUGGUGACUUCAGGUGACAUUUCUUACAGUUUGUACUUCUGCACUUCCAGUAACGGCAAUGAAGGAGACUAAAACUACAGCCAUUGUAGCACUUGCUGGAAGUGGUACAAGUGGGCGUGGUGUUCUGAGCUGUUGCAGGACUGGCUCCACCCCUUUGGGGGUGUGGCCUGUUCAGGUAGAUGAAGAGCUCUGGGGCAGGGCCAGCAGUAGCCUUCUUCUCAUCAUUCCUUACACUUAAAAAAAUACUGUACAAGACAGUACUGUGUUACUGCCAGUACAUGAUGAACAAACAGCUGAAAUUCCAGGGUUUUAUCUGUACCUUCUUUUCCCUUUAGCCACAGUGAUCCCUAAAGGGAAGGAAGCAAAGCCUCAUUUAGCAAAGUGGACUGUCCACGUUGUUUGGACUCCUUGGUGUGAGACUAGGACAAGGAUCACUGCCUUUCCAGCAGAAUGUCCAUGAUCUGCAUUCCAACUGUGAAUCCCGAGGGUCCCGAAAAUGUGACCGUUUUGAGUUUUCUUCUCUCUGCCACUGGUGUGGCUCUGGCAUCCCGUCGCUGAAACCGAGAGUUUACAGCUGCAGCUGAAAGCAAGACGAAUGGAUUGCACUCAGUUGUUCUUCAAAAUUCUUCAUCACGUGUGACCUUCUUCUUGAUGUGUAGCCUCCACCAGUGGAUUUGAGUGGGCUGGGGGGGGGGGAAGGGGUGCAGGACCACUGGUCCAGUCCCCACUCUGUGCUGUGCUGGGCUGCUGGUUUGCUGUGUGAUUUAUGCAAGAGUAAAUGUAAAUUAAUACUGUACUAAUGAGACAAAUGUCCUCUUACAGAUAGAGGAUUAGACGGCGGGGGGGGGCGUCAUUCUGCCAACAGCACAGCGCUUGUGGUGCUUCCGGUGCUCAGCGGGUCUCUCAUCGCCGCUCGUGUUGCAGUUCCUCUGAGAAAUUGGGCACAAGCACCUGCACCUUCUAGCCUGAGCACCGAGCAACAAAGAUGUGGGAAAUGCACAAAAGCACUUGUGGCUCUUCCAAGGUGCCCCACUGCCGGUCGAGGAUGGUCCCUCUAAACUUCUGCCAUGCGUUUUACCCGUUAGCGUCGGGUUACACCCUAUGCAACACAUGAUCUCCUUAGGAGGGAGACAAGGUGCUGGAAGCACUCCAAGGGCCGUGGGAGCCGUCGGCUACGUGUGGCCAAACGCGUGUUCCCUCCUCUGUCUGUGGCCACGGGGUCACGGAGGUCAGGUGCGGUGGCUCUUCACGCAUUCUCAUCUUCCUGUGAUGGCCUUCAGCCGGAGGCAUCUGCUGAAAUGCCUCUUUCUGGGAGUGUUUGUGCUCCUGCGCUCGGGCUGCCGCUCCUCUUUGAAAUCCUGAAAUCCUACAUUGUAACACCUUCUCUUUUGUUUCCUUUGCUGUUUUGGCUCGAUUGUUGUAGCGGGCAGGUGGCUCAUUUCCAGUCUAAUAAUUCAAAAAAAAAGAAAAAAAGUCUCCAAGAGACUAAGAUAAAUGCCACUUUGACCAAUAUGAAAUCUAUGCAGUUUCUGUAUGUUUUACAGUACAAAUUUUACAAAAACCCACCCUCUUCAUAAAGCUGCUAUGGAAAUUUGUCUUUUUUAUGAACAACUAUGUGUCAUUUAUAUAAAGCUGACUGACACUACUUUGGAAAAAUCUUAGCUGGCAUAAAACGAGAGUAAAAUUGUGGUACUUUGCAUUUCCAUUCCAAAAUGAUUUGUGCUCAGUGUUACAGUUGGUCUUCAGUGUUAAGGUAGAUGUUCCAUUUUCCAGGGAAGUUUUUUUUUGAGGAAAAAAAAAAAAA